UAUAUGAAAGUGGAUCUCUGGCACCAGUCAGCACCGGGUCACUUCCUGGGAUUGAUUUGAGUGGGUCGGGCACUGAAUGUUACUCUGUGUGGACAGACAAAUAGUGGACAGCUGGCGCGUUUGCAGCGCGAGAGGCGGUGAACUACGUGAGUUUAGUGGCCAGUUUGAGGAAGAGCUGCUGUAAUUGGUUUCUCAAUGAAAGAUCAUCAGCUGCUCCCCGGAGGCUCGGCGGACUCUGGAUCUGCGCUGCUCCAUCAAUCGUGCGCUUCUCGUCGUUGAACGACGGUCUCCACGACACACUCCGGCGGGCAGCACGCAGGAAUCUGGGAUCAUUUUCCAACUGGGAUUAGCUCGAUUUCGUGUAAAGUUUGCACGCGGAUUUUCAACAUGAGUGACCUGGAGGACGACUUCGCCAAGAUCCUGCUGCUCAAAGAGGAGAGGAUACGGGACUUGGAGAGGCGGCUGGCGGAUAGAGAGGACGAGAUCCAGGAGCUGAAGAGGAAAUUACACAAAUGUCAGUCGGUUCUGCCCAGCGCGCAACUUAUUGGACCGAGAACCCGCCGGGCGCAGGGAAUCUCUGCCGAGCCGCAGACGCACCAGGACCUGUCAAGGCAGGCUUUUCGGAAAUAUGCCAAGUCUGACUGGUCCAAGGAUUUGAUCAAAGAAGCCAUCCUCGACAAUGACUUCAUGAAGAACUUGGAGCUGUCGCAGAUCCAGGAAAUCGUAGACUGCAUGUACCCGGUAGAGUACGGCAAAGACAGCUGCAUCAUCAAGGAAGGAGAUGUGGGCUCCCUGGUGUACGUCAUGGAAGAUGGAAAAGUGGAGGUGACGAAGGAGACCCUGAAACUCUGCACUAUGGGUCCGGGAAAGGUUUUUGGAGAGCUGGCGAUUCUCUACAACUGCACCAGGACCGCCACAGUCAAAACUCUGACAAACGUGAAACUCUGGGCCAUCGACCGACAAUGUUUCCAGACAAUCAUGAUGAGAACGGGCCUCAUCAAGCACACAGAGUACAUGGAGUUUCUAAAAAGUGUCCCCACGUUCCACAGCCUGCAGGAAGAUAUUCUCAGCAAGCUUGCCGACGUCCUUGAGGAGACGCAUUACGAAGACGGGGAGUACAUCAUCAGACAAGGAGCGCGAGGAGACACCUUCUUCAUCAUCAGCAAGGGAAAGGUUAAUGUGACGAGGGAGGACUCGCCCAAUGGGGAACCUGUCUACCUGCGGAGCCUCGGAAAAGGAGACUGGUUUGGAGAGAAAGCGCUGCAAGGGGAGGACGUCAGGACGGCCAACGUCAUCGCCGCCGAGGCCGUCACCUGUCUGGUCAUUGACAGAGAUUCAUUCAAGCAUCUGAUUGGAGGUUUGGAAGAUGUUUCCAGUAAAGGCCACGAAGAUGCUGAUGCCAAAGCAAAGUACGAAGCGGAGAACGCCUUCUUCUUCAGUCUUAACCUCGCUGACUUCAACAUCAUCGACACGCUCGGGGUCGGAGGCUUCGGGCGCGUUGAGCUGGUUCAGCUGAAGAGCGACGAGAACAAAACCUUCGCCAUGAAGAUCCUAAAGAAGAGACACAUCGUGGACACCAGGCAGCAGGAGCACAUCCGCUCUGAGAAACUCAUCAUGCAGGAGGCCCACUCGGACUUCAUUGUGAGACUCUAUCGAACGUUCAAAGACAGCAAGUACCUCUAUAUGUUGAUGGAAGCAUGUUUAGGAGGGGAGCUGUGGACCAUCCUCAGAGACCGCGGCUCCUUUGAAGACUCAACCACUAGGUUUUACACUGCAUGCGUGGUGGAGGCUUUUGCUUACCUGCAUUCCAAAGGCAUCAUCUACAGAGACCUCAAACCAGAAAACCUUAUACUGGACCACAGGGGAUACGCCAAAUUGGUUGACUUUGGCUUUGCAAAGAAAAUCGGGUUUGGGAAGAAGACGUGGACCUUCUGUGGGACGCCGGAGUAUGUAGCACCGGAGAUCAUCCUCAACAAAGGCCACGACAUCUCUGCUGACUACUGGUCGCUAGGAAUCCUCAUGUUUGAGCUUUUAACUGGCAGCCCUCCUUUCUCUGGUCCAGACCCCAUGAAGACCUACAACAUCAUCCUGAGAGGCAUCGACAUGAUUGAAUUUCCAAAGAAGAUCACCAAAAAUGCUGCCAAUCUCAUCAAAAAGCUAUGCAGAGAUAAUCCUUCUGAGCGACUAGGAAACUUGAAAAAUGGAGUGAAAGAUAUUCAAAAGCACAAAUGGUUUGAAGGCUUUAACUGGGAGGGAUUAAAGAAGGGGACGUUGACGCCUCCAAUUAUCCCAAAUGUCUCAUCAGCAGUAGACACCAGUAACUUCGACAGCUUCCCCGAGGACAACGAGGACCCGCCUCCGGACGACAACUCCGGCUGGGACAACGAUUUUUGAAGUUCCAGGCAGCGACACCAAAAGGAACUACCUUUCCGUUGACUGGACGGCCGUACGGAGGACAUAGCUGUGUCGUAGAAAACACAAGUACAUCUAAAUUUACGAGCGGAUACGAGAGACGGACGGAUGGCGAAACCCUCUGGGUCACCGAUAUGCCUUUAUUUCACUGUGGCUCUGGAUGAAGCAUUUAUUAGUGGGACAGCUGUAGCACCUCUUCAGUUGUUGUCUUACACUCGGCUGAAAUGGCAAAGAAAGUGCAGGGACACACGCAUUCACACAAACACACAGAUGUCUGAUAACGGAGCCAAGUUUUCUCGGAAGGAUGAGCGUUCAGUAUCUCCGGUUCUGGUCCCAAGCUGUGCCGGGCUUUUGAGAGAAAAAAGAAGUUAUUUUCUGUUUGUGUUUCCUCAGUGUUUGUGGCCAGACUCCUGGCUACGGUACUGCUGCAGCCCACUUCUCCGGUCCUUCACGGAGAAACACACCAACCUGGCAUCAAGUGCUCUAGACUAACAUGAAUGUCGCUGACUUUCCUAUCGCUACAUCUCUGCGCUGUCACCAUGUAGGCGUCAUGUUUCGGUUGGCUUUUUAGAAGAUUUCAUUCAUUCGACUUUGAAAGCACAAUGGCUGUGCAUUCCCAGCUCCUCAAGUGCUUGUGAGACUGACAAGGUCCUUCUUUUCAGUUGCAGUAAACCCACACACACACGCCUCCUCAUCCUCAACCAAAUCCGUUUGCUUCUGUACAGUUCUGACAACUGUGAAGAUGUUUUUUUUCGAUGUCCUUGGUGCUGUUGUUGAUGCAUUUUGACAAGUGGUGGUAACAGUACUGGUUAUUGUUUUGGUAUCGUGGUUCGUUUGUGCCUGAUUUACUUGUUUUGUAUUUGACUUUCCUCCGGCGAGAAAGUUUUGACUGCUUUAUUUAAUAGCUUGCAUUGCGUUGAACGAGUUCUCCCCCACAUGGUUUGAACGUAUUGUAGUUUCCCUCAUGGGCGACCACUUUCCCGUUUUUAAGCCAUGAUUUUAUUCUGAGUAUUUAACCAGGUUAUUGGGAUUAUUGAGCCAAAUGUACCAUUUCAUACAUCAUAUGAAAAAUUAUUGAUAAUAGCCACGUAAGUACUGGAUAACAACAUUGUAAUACAUAAUAAACAAGUGCACCAUAAUCAGGACAUUAAUCACAAGAGUAGAUCUGAAUAAUAUGCUCAAAUUUGAAGUUGUGUUGAGGCAUCAGAAGUGUCUUCUUCACUUAAUCCGGUUCCCAUUCCCUACCUCAUUCACUGGCUCCCAUUAUAAGGAUCAAAAAUCUCUGAAAUCAUCUUCAAAUCUGAGGAUGUGGAUCUUCUUACACAAAGUAUGCUUAUUUAAAUAAAGAAAAACAGCUCAGCUUUUAAAUGUAGACUCCAAACUGGACCCUGCAGGGGUGAGGACGGCCCUUCCAAUUCCAGCUUCCUGUCUUUGGGGCCAUACCGUCCCUGGUAUUUACAACACUGAGCCAACAGAGUGAUUUCAGGCCCAAAAUAUAAAGGUUGCUGUGAGAAAUAUAUCACAAAACAUGUUCAAGCUUUUCAUCAUAUUGCAGUCAUAACGAAAGCACACAACGGGUUAAGUCAUUUUAACUUUAAUUUAUUGCAUUUUCUGACAGCAGAAGCUCAAUUUUAUUAUUAUUAUUUUUUAUCAUCAGGCCACAGUAAGCAAUGCUGCUUUUCAAGUAUAAACUGUGUUUAUCGAGUCAUAAUGGAUUAGCUUCUGAAUAAAAUCUUGGCUUAAUAAACGUGAUGUACUCUUCAGUCAUAUUUAAAAAUGAUCCAUCCUUUCCUCUCUGUCAAACAAACCACAUUGUCAUCUGAAUCUUCCAAAAACUACCCUCUAAAGGGAAGUUCCAUUUGUCUGCCAGCGCCAUCAUCAUCAUAAGUCAGAGCAUAAAAUCAGAAGUGUAAGUGCCUUAUUUCAAUGGCAUAAAAAAUGAUCUACCAUCGUCUGACCUUAUUGAUGCUGCAUGAACACAUAAACACCUCAAAUCUGUAGACGGCUGCUUCCCAUGACCUUAGAAGAACUAUUCAUGUCCAUCUUACGGCCUGUUAACCUGCUCUCUGUGGGACGACUGCAAGGACGUGCUUCUCUCUAAACCGCCGGUGUGACAUCGGACUGUAACUGACUUGGUUAUAUGGGUAAGGGGGGAGCAGGAAUGAGUUGCAGUUUGAAAGGUUCAUGGAGGGAAGUAUUCUUCUACGUCCACACUACUAUUUUGAAGUUUUCCAAUGAUUGAUGUCAAAGCUUGCGUUAGUGAUUUCCAUGUCAGAAAGUCGGAGAAUUCUCACCAGUCCAAGUCCCCGAACGUAAACUGGAAGUACAUGUUUUAAAAUUCAUGAAAUAAGUUGAGUUUUCUGCUGAUGUCCAUCAUGAAGUAGGAUAGGAGAUUUCGUGGUCAACACUUCGAUCAUUUGAACACGCUGAAAUCGGAUGUGACCUAAUUCCUUGCUAUGACUUCCGAGCUAACUGGAGCACGGCAGAGGUCCAGGUCAACUCAGACAGCUUUUAAUUUCAUUCACUCUGAACAUUGAAACGACAGACCGACUAGUAUUGUGAAUGAAAAAUGGCACGUUACAUUCUGGAAUCACUCGAAGAGGAAGUGUGUUUGAUGUGAUUUAUCCAGUCUCACAUUCUGCUGUCGAUUCUAGGUCAAGGACCUGGCACCAAACUACUACUCUCCAAAAUUAAAGAUGAGAUUAUUGUGCUAGCAUUAUGAAAUGCCUUGGCGGCAGGCGACAUGAUUUGUUUAGAAUUUCAAAUGUAGUAAUGUGGACGUUGAUUUUGUUUACCGCUGGUGACAAUCCUCGCGACGAUUAAGCUAAACGGCAUCUUUUUGAUUUUCAAUCUUACACCCUGUCAAAAGAUCGUGGGCCUCAAACACCACCCUCGAUUCAUAACAGACAAAGCUGCACUGUGUCAAGGACGACCAUGUGUGUCACACAGCCUUACGUAUUAACCGUCUGUACGAUCCACUGGUUUUCAGUCUUAUAUCGACCGCAUUCUACAGAUGUUACCACGUUUGCCUUGUGUUUUUGUUGUUUUUUCCUGCUGUAAAUUGAUUUUGCAGAGUGUAAGAUUUUUAAA